GUGCGUGCUUUCGUCGCAGUGGCAAAGGCAUAUGCCGCCAAGGGCAGGCUGGUGCUUGCUGCCAGCACGCUGACACAGAUGCGGGGAGCAGGCCACCGCGUUACGGCUGCCACCUUUGCCACGCUCCUGGCUCCUCUGGCCAUUGGUCCCAAACGGCCUGGAGAGGCAGAGCUGUUGUUGCGACAGAUGGCCUCCUUGGAUGUGGACAUCCCAGGGCGCUUUGCGGUGGGCUGCUUGCAGAGAGCUAUGGGCAUAAGGCGUCUGCGCUUCCUCCGCCAGAACUUGUUUGUCGGGAUAGGACCAGCACCAACGGCAGCGCCAGAGGAUGCUGGAAAUAAUUGCUGGGACGAGCUCCAGUUAAUGUGGCAACGCCAACAAGAUUCAGGAUGA